GAAAUAUGAAACGUAAUGGGAGCAGAAAUUGUUUAAAUAGAAGAAGUAGGUUUGGUUCUCGAGAAAGAGACUGGCUGAAAGAAGAUGUGAAGAGAGGCUGUGUUUACCUUUAUGGAGCAGAUACCACCACUGCCACCGCAACUACUACCACCUCUUCCUCCUCUUCUACUUCCUCUUCUUCCUCUUUCUCCUCAGACUUACAUCUUGUCCUUUGCACAGUAGAGACACCAGCAUCAGAAAUAUGUGCUGGAGAGGGAAGAGAAAGUCUUUACUUACAGCUUCACGGAGACCUGGUUAGGAAACUGGAACCUACUGAGCGACCUCUUCAGAUUGUUUAUGACUACUUAUCUAGGCUGGGAUUUGAUGAUCCUGUGCGCAUACAGGAGGAGGCUACAAAUCCUGACCUCAGCUGUAUGAUUCGAUUUUAUGGUGAAAAACCAUGCCAGAUGGAUCAUCUGGAUCGAAUCCUACUGUCUGGCAUCUAUAAUGUACGCAAAGGAAAGACUCAGCUGCAUAAGUGGGCUGAACGCCUAGUUGUUCUCUGUGGUACCUGCCUUAUUGUUUCCUCAGUAAAGGACUGUCAAACAGGAAAGAUGCACAUUUUGCCUUUGGUUGGGGGAAAGGUAAGACUCACAGAGAUGAGUUAUUCAUUUGAUCAUGUGGUGUCUCAGCGAAUCAGUACAGUGGAUCUCUCAUGUUACAGCCUUGAGGAGGUUCCUGAACAUCUCUUCUACAGUCAAGAUAUCACCUACCUCAACUUGCGACACAACUUCAUGCAAUUAGAAAGACCAGGGGGUCUCGACACACUCUAUAAAUUUUCUCAACUGAAGGGCCUGAAUUUAUCUCAUAAUAAACUUGGGUUGUUUCCUGUAUCAUUAUGUGAGAUUUCCACCCUGACUGAGCUCAACCUUUCCUGUAAUGGAUUUCAUGACCUGCCAAGUCAGAUUGGCAGUCUGCUAAAUCUUCAAACACUCUGUCUUGAUGGCAACUUUCUGACUACUUUGCCUGAAGAACUGGGAAACCUGCAACAGCUUUCCUCCCUGGGAAUUUCCUUCAACAAUUUUAAUCAAAUUCCAGGGGUUUAUGAGAAACUCACGAUGUUAGAUAAAAUAGUUAUGGCGGGAAAUUGCCUAGAAGUCUUGGACUUAGGGGUGCUGACUAGGAUGAGCAAUAUCAAGCAUGUGGAUUUGAGGAUGAACUGCCUGAAAUCCACAAUUAUUGAAAACCUGGAGGGAAAUAAGCAUAUUGUCCACAUGGAUUUGCGGGACAAUCAGCUGACUGACUUGGAUCUUAGCUCCUUAUGUAGUUUGGAGCAGCUGCAUUGUGAGCGGAACCAGCUGAGGGAGCUGACACUCAGUGGCUUCUCUCUUCGAAAUCUCUAUGCCAAUUCAAACAGACUGACAGCAGUGAAUGUCUACCCAGUGCCCAAUGUACUCACUUCCCUGGAACUCUCCAGAAACCUGCUAGAGUGUGUCCCUGACUGGGCCUGUGAAGCAAAGAAGCUAGAAAUACUUGAUGUGAGUUUUAAUCUUCUCACAGAGGUUCCUAUGAGAAUUCUGAGUAGCUUGAGUCUUCGGAAACUGAUGGUGGGACACAAUCACAUCCAAGUGCUUCCAGCCCUGGUAGAGCAUAUCCCCCUGGAGGUGCUGGAUGUCCAGCAUAACCUUCUUUCCAGGCUGCCAGACACUCUCUUCUCGAAGGCCUUAAAUCUCAGAUACUUGAAUGCAUCUGCAAAUAAUCUGGAGUCUUUGCCUUCUGCUUGUGCUGGGGAGGAGAGUCUGAGUGUGCUGCAGCUCCUGUAUCUGACCAGCAACCUCCUGACAGACCAGUGCAUUCCUGUCCUGGUUGGGCACCCACACCUGCGAAUCUUGCACCUUGCAAACAACCAACUACAGACAUUUCCUGCAAGCAAAUUAAAUAAAUUGGAGCAAUUGGAAGAACUGAAUGUAAGUGGCAACAAGCUUAAAACCAUUCCCACAACCAUAGCAAACUGCAAAAGACUGCACACCCUUGUUGCACACUCCAACAACAUCAGCAUUUUCCCAGAAAUACUGCAGUUGCCUCAGAUCCAGUUUGUAGACCUAAGUUGCAAUGACUUGACAGAAAUACUAAUCCCAGAGGUUCUGCCUGCUACAUUACAAGACCUUGACCUGACUGGAAAUACAAAUCUGGUUCUGGAACACAAGACUUUGGAUAUGUUUAGGCUCUGUGUUUCUGCCCUUGCUAUGGAUAACUUUGCAGAGGGCGUGGGUGCCGUGUAUGGCAUGUUUGAUGGAGACCGCAAUGAGGAGCUCCCUCGCCUGCUGCAGUGUACGAUGGCAGAUGUGCUUUUGGAAGAGGUACAACAGUCUACAAAUGACACGGUUUUCAUGUCCAACACCUUCUUGGUAUCUCACAGGAAGUUGGGAAUGGCUGGCCAGAAGCUGGGCUCCUCUGCUCUCCUGUGCUACAUUCGCCCUGACACUGUUGAUCCAACAAGUAGUUUUAGCUUGACAGUGGCCAACGUUGGCACAUGCCAGGCUGUUCUGUGCCGAAGUGGGAAGCCAGUGCCUCUCUCUAAAGUCUUCAGCCUGGAACAGGACCCAGAAGAAGCUGAAAGGGUGAAGGACCAAAAAGCCAUCAUAACAGAGGACAACAAAGUGAAUGGGGUGACUUACUGUACCCGGAUGCUAGGCUGCACAUACCUCUACCCUUGGAUCCUCCCCAAGCCCCACAUAUCUUCCACUCCACUCACCAUUCAAGAUGAAUUAUUAAUUCUGGGAAACAAAGCAUUGUGGGAACACUUAUCAUAUACAGAAGCUGUCAAUGCAGUACGUCAUGUGCAAGACCCCUUAGCAGCUGCUAAGAAGCUGUGCACAUUAGCACAGAGCUAUGGUUGUCAGGAUAACGUGGGGGCCAUGGUGGUUUAUCUGAACAUUGGUGAGGAAGGCUGCACUUGUGAAAUGAAUGGGCUCACCCUCCCAGGUCCUGUGGGAUUUGCUUCAACCACCACCAUCAAGGAUGCCCCUAAGCCCACCACUCCUUCCUCUAGUAGUGGUAUUGCCUCGGAAUUCAGCAGUGAAAUGUCCACCUCUGAGGUGAGCAGUGAAGUGGGCUCCACUGCUUCUGAUGAACAUAACACUAUGGGCCUGGAGGCUGGCUUGCUUCCACGACCAGAGAGGCGCUGUAGCCUCCACCCAACACCCACCUCUGGGAUUUUUCAGCGCCAGCCUUCUUGUGCGACCUUCUCUAGUAAUCAGUCAGAUAAUGGCCUGGACAGUGAUGAUGACCAACCUGUUGAAGGGGUCAUUACUAAUGGCAGCAAGGUAGAAGUAGAAGUAGAUAUUCACUGCUGCCGAGGAAGAGAUUUUGAGAAUCCUCCUACUUUUCCAGAGAAUUCUUCUAUCCCGUGUCCUGAAGAACAUGCUAGAGGGUUGUGUUUGGGGAUCCGGAGACAGAACAGUGUGAAUAGUGGCAUACUUUUGCCAAUGAGCAGGGACAAGAUGGAGUUACAGAAGUCCCCCUCCACUUCCUGCCUCUAUGGAAAGAAGCUCUCCAAUGGCUCCAUUGUGCCCCUUGAGGACAGCCUGAACCUCAUUGAAGUGGCCACUGAAGCCCCCAAGAGGAAAACAGGCUAUUUUGCUGCCCCUACUCAGUUGGAACCAGAGGAUCAGUUUGUUGUACCUCGUGACUUGGAAGAAGAAGUGAAGGAGCAAAUGAAACAGCAGCACGAAGGCAGGCCUGAGCCUGAGCCCAGUGAAGAGGAUCGGACCGAGCUCCCAGAGGAGUUUGACACGGCGCUGUGAUUCUGCCCUUAACGGGCACAAUGUGAGGGUAGGCUGUGAAACAGUGUUAGGGAAGGGACCUGCGGGAGGCACUUGGCCUCGGUAUUUCUAACCAUGGAUGUGUGGGGUCGAAUUUGGAGCCAAAAAAGGUAAGAGCUAUCAGGGACUGGCUCUAGAUGAGCCGGAACUGCCAUCAGUGUUAAGUUUCAUGUUUAACCACAUUGUAAUUCCCAAUUACUGGGAGAAAAGCAGAUGUUCUCUAUCAGUCCUGCCACCUGCCAUUAACCCUUUCUUUCCUAGGAUCAUUUUCAAAAUUUGCCUGCCUGGGCAGGAAAGGGACUAUUUUUGUGGAGGAAAUAAUUGAAGGUUGAUUCCUUUUACUAGUUGCUGCUGAUGGAUCUCUGUGACAGAGAAAUCACCUUAUCUCUCAGACUAACUAAGGGGGUAUGAUGUGACUAGUCACAUGGCUUUUCUUUCUUCUCUACGAGAAUAUAGCCUCAAAAUGAUGUUUAUUGGAGGUAUAGAACUGAUCAAACAGAUAAUUUAUGUAUGAAAUGUAACAAGAGCACUUUUCAUUGACUGUGAACUUUUUAUUUUUGAAUCUGCACUCGAGCCAAUCUUCUUAGAAGCAGUCCAGCACCUUUAUCCAUAGGCAGACAUAUUUGGGUGUUGGAGCCUUCUCUGGGGGUACUUGGAAGAGCCAUGGAAAUCAUUGUAACUGUUGGAUGUCAGACUGUGAAAGCUCCUAAAAAACUUGGGAUAGGAGGAUGGUCUUCUUUGGGGGAUGAAGACAGGAAAGAAGUGAGAACUUAAGACUACUUCUCCCAGUCAGAAAGAGAAUCACUCCUUGAUGAAUAUGAUAUCUGCUAGGAAUUGUGGUCCCAGCAGAUGAAGUGAGGCACUUGGGAAUUAGUUUCUUUCCCAAACAUGUGGUAGAGUUGGCAGUUAGCUUACUGAUGGCAGUCAGCCUACCUUCCAGGUAGGGCCAAGGCUGACACUGCAGGCAUUCAAGUCACCUUAAGUUACUCUAGAUGGCUGUGAAACAGAUGGAGGCUGACUGAGGACAGAUGGGUGGGUGGAGCUCACAUAUUAGACUUGGUCCUUCUCUUUCUCAAGAGCUAACAUUUGACAGUGGACUGUUCUGAACAUUGCUGAUUCAAAACAUUGUUUCAAAGUAAUGGGCUCAAUACCAAUAUAAGAAAGAUUCAAUUGAGAAAUUCCUAAGCUUACAGAAAUCCUGUUUUGUUUUGCAUAUUCCACAUAGCCCUAGUAAAAUGCAAUUCCUUCCAUAUUCUGUUGCUUUAUUAAUUAAAAAGUUUACUUAGGAAAAUUAAUUCCUAUUUCUUCAUAUAAAUUUUAGCAUCACUUGAUUUUAUCCAAUAGGAAAUGUGCUAUGAUGUUUUGGAACAUUUUGCAAUUGAAGAGAAAAUAGAAUGGGACAAUUUUUAAUUUGUUUCAUUUGAAACAACAUGUUAAAUGUAAGUUGGAAACAUAUAUUUAUUCCUUUUUGGUUUUGGGGGGGGGAGUUUUUGUUUAGAGCAAUAGUUGAAAACCAGGUAACUGUCCACAAUAGUUCUGUCUUCAUCCUUUCCCAGGCCCUGUGCCCAUAUGCAUGUAUCAGUGGGGUGGAUCCUGGAAGACUCAUCUUACUCCAGUGACUCCCCAGUGUUCAGCCUCCUGUGUAUCUGAGCUCCAAUGAGUUAGGGACAUUUGACUUCCUUCUGCCAAACUACUGGUCAGCUACUGAAAACUGUUAGAACUCAGGUUUUUGAUUUGAAGUGGGGAACAUGGUGGUUCAUAUAUAGUGUAGAUUCUGUUAGAUGGGACAGUGGUGUGUUGCCACCUUAUUUUUAUAUGGGAAAAAAGCAGAAAAAAAUGAAGGAAAAACCCAAGAUGAUAAAGAUGAAUGAUGUAAAACAUUUUCCUACUCAGACAGCAGAACCUUUGGGUAUAGAAUAGUGAUAUAUAAAGGCAUCAAAAUUAUUUUGGAAAAGUACCACUUUAAUAGUAUAUAGUCUUUUUAAAAUUGUC